ACCCAUCUGCCGUUUCACUUCCUCUCCUAAUUCCCACUGUUUUUGCCCUCUCGCAUCUCUCUUGUUCGUUUCUCUCUGCCGAUCUUGUUCUUCUUUUCAACAAUCAAGCACGGUGUGAUGGAACAAGAAGCAGUGAAAUCCUUGGUUCAGAUGAAAAGCGCUGAUGGGUCUAACCCAAGCAGCUCAGAUGCUGUAAGUAGAGUAAGUAAGCUGCUGUUUCGUCGGAUGCUGGUAGGAAUCAAGGAUGGAAGGUUUUUCUUAGGCAAUUUCCACUGCAUGGACAAGCAGGGUAACAUCAUUCUCCAAGAUGCAGUGGAGUAUCGAAGUACCAGACGCACUUCUCCUUCUCCUAUGGAACAAAGAUGCCUUGGUCUAAUACUUAUCCCUUCCUCUUGUCGAACCUCCUGUCAUGUGGAUUGCUCCAUUGAAGAACAGUUGUCUCUCCUAAAGGUUUAGGAACAAAGAAUAUGAUGCUUUUGUGAAUUCUAAUUUAGAAAUUUUGUGAACCCUGUCCCCACUCGAUUCACAUCCUAUCCAAUAGCUUCAGAUAAAUUUGAUUCUUCAAAGAGUUCGGCUUUGUUUGUAGUUGAAAGUUGACCAUUGAUAGUUUUGUUUAUAUAAUUCAAAUAUUCUUAUUCGACUUAAAGAGAGGAGCAUGCUUUCAAAUCU